AUGCCAGUAGCUUGCACGGUUGAUGCCUUGAGCUCUGACUCAGCGGAGGAUUUCUUGCCUGCAGCUCCAAAGGAGCCUUCCAGAAAGCGCCGGCGGAUGAAGACACUGGCUAACGCACAGCUUGCUCAGAAGGAUCCAUCAUCCUCUCUUCGCUCCCUGAUCGGUCGUGAAUGCAGCUGCAAGCGAAAGAUUUGCUUUCAGCAGUUCGUCGCAGAUCAAGAUUUUCAACCAUUGUUGGAGUACCGAAAGCAUUUCUUCGAUUUGCACAAACUUGACCAAGACAGAUCCAAGAGACUGACCAGGAUGUACAACGCUGCUGAGAAUGGCAAAGAGAGCGCCCCUGUUGACUUGCGCUUCAUCAAGAAGCCUAUGUCGCUGGUUGGUGUUUCUGCUGCAUCAGCGCGGGCAGACGUAAUAUCAUAUCUCACAAACGUCUACGAAUCGAUCGCAGAAAGUUUACCGGACGUGCGUGACACUUUGUACGAUGGGGUGGACCCUGAAGAGAUUCCUGUGUUUGGGUCUUCACAGCCAGUGGACGUUUACAGCAUUGAGUUGAAACGGCAAGCAGAUGCCUCGGCUGGAAAGAUUUCCAAACCACGCAAAAAGAAGAAGUCUGUGGAGAUGAACAUGGAACGGACCCACGGUGAAGCGGCGAAGGAAGUCAAAUGGCUUCCCAGUGGCUUUAUGAAAGAGUACUACGUUCAAUAUUGCCGGGUGUCUGGACUGGCCCGGCCCGCUUCCUUUCCGACAUUCUGGCGGGUCUGGCUGAGUGAGUUUGCGUGUUUGCAAUUUAGAGGGGAGAGCCAACACAGCCAGUGCACCACCUGCAUCCGACAUCGGACGAUGAUCCGGGGAUUAGGAGCUCAUUUAAAGGCACGGACAGCUCAGAUUGAUCACUUCCAUGAUCACUUAAAGGCACAGUACAUGGAUCGGGCCCUGUACUGGGAGAGGCGUGCAAUGAGCCGCUUACGCGGCUCCGCCGUCUGCGAUAACGCAGACGGCAUGGACCAAAUGAAAUUUGCAGUGCCACGGACACCCCUGACCAAAACAAAGGAGUUCUCAAACUUCCAAAAAGUCAAGUUACACGUUGCGUGUGCCAUCUGUCAUGGCAGGUUUGUGUUGUUUACUGUGGGGCUGCCAAAUACCAAGAAGGACGGGAACUUUUCUUGCGAGAUGUUAUCUCACGUCCUCACCCUUUUGGAGCGCCAAGGCCAGUGUUUGGCAAACACCCAGCUUUACCUACAACAUGAUAAUACCUGUCGUGAAUUCAAAAAUAACAUUGGCCUUCGCUGGUGUUGCAGCCAAGUUUUCGGCCACAAUUUGGAUCGUGUGUGUUGUUCGUUCCUAAGGAGCGGACACACACACGAGGACGUGGACCAAGUAUUCAGUCAACUCUCUAAAAGUUUGUUGAAGUGUCGGGGCCUUCAAACGCCUGAGGACAUCCAACAAGCAAUCGCCAGUUUCCUGUCCCAAGCAAAGAUGCCGUACGAGGGUGAGCGGCAUUGCGUCUUCCUAAAUGAACCACGGGAUUGGACGCCUGGUUCUUUCUGA